CGUCAAAUGUCAAUAAAUUUUGACAUAACCAUUUGUAAAAAGUGAAAACAAACAAUUCAAUCAUAUUUUAAUUACAAUUAGUGACUACUAGACUUAAAAAAUGUCUGAACGUAAAGUUUUAAACAAAUAUUACCCCCCGGAUUUCGAUCCAUCGAAAAUCCCACGAAUGAAACUGCCUAAAAACAGACAAUACACAGUUCGUCUUAUGGCUCCUUUCAAUAUGAGAUGUGCCACUUGCGGAGAAUACAUAUACAAAGGAAAAAAGUUCAACGCCCGAAAAGAGGACGUCGAAAACCAAGAUUACCUCGGUAUAAGGAUAUACAGGUUUUACAUCAAAUGUACAAGGUGUUUACAAGAAAUUUCAUUUAAAACAGAUCCUAGAAACACUGAUUACGAGAUAGAAGCAGGAGCCACUCGUAAUUUUAUGGCUCUGAAGUUAGCAGAAGAACAAGCUUUGCGAGAGGAAGAAGAGGCUAAAGAAGAAGAAGCUAAUAACCCUAUGAAACUAUUGGAAAAUAGGACAAAACAAUCUAAAAACGAAAUUGAACUUUUAGAAUCACUGGAAGAGUUAAAAGAUUUAAAUAAAAGACAACAAGUUGUAGAUUAUGAUACUAUGCUAUUAACCUACGAUACAACUAUAAGUGAAAGAGAAAGAGAAGAAAAAUUGCAACAAUUAGAUGAAGAUUACAUUAAAUCUGUAAAUUUUUCUAGUAAUUCUAAAAGGAAAUUAAUUAUAGAAGAAGAAAUCAUAGAAGAGGAACAACCGCAACUAAAGCUUUCUAAAUCUGAAGGUAAUGUAAUUAAUUUAAAUUCUGAAUCGAAAAGUGGUCCUAGUUCGUCUAUGUGGGCUAAAAAUGGAUCUAACAUUGUAAUAAAGAAAAAAACUUUAUUAGGGUUAGUAAAAACGAACAAAAGUGUGAAUAAGGAAGCUGAAGUUCCUUCAAAGCAGCAACCGUCGACUGGGGGACUGUCUUUACUUUCAGCUUAUUCUGAUAGUGAAAAUAGUGAUAGUUAAUUUCGUAUUAAACUAUUUUAAUUUUUAUAUAUAUAAUAAAUUAGAUAUAGACUGGUGUAUUUUUAUUUGAAAUCCCUUUAAAAGACCUAUGUGUGUAUG